CCGGAAGCUGAGUUGGACAUGCGCAGCCGACACGCAGCUGAUUGUUCUGUGACUCCCGCAACCGAAUCCAAUCCAACGCGAACACUACUUUUGAGCUUGUGCACGAGCUCGUCGUGGCGACAGCUGCGUUGCUGCAUUCAUUGUGGCUAUUCGGUGUUGCUGACGUAUUUCUGAUUUCUUGUUUGCUACUGUCACUUUCAUUUUACGACGUGAAACAGCGUGCAAGACUGUCAGAUGUGUCAGACGACAUGGUGUCGCGUCUGCGCCUCAUCACCUUCGAUGCAACGAACACGCUGUUGCGCUACAAAGAGUCAGUCGGACAAACUUAUUCUGGGGUUGCUCAACUCUACGGAGUACCAGCGGAUCCGCAUCACGUAAAUCACAAGUUCAAGACUGAGUUUAAGCGGAUGGUGGCUCAGCAUCCAAAUUUUGGUUGUGACAGCGGCAUGACAUCAGAGCAAUGGUGGGCUGAGCUCGUUAACCGAACGCUCUCCGGUUCAGGCACCAUCAGCGAGUCUGUCAUGACAUCCAUCGCAACGCACCUUUACGAAUCGUACAGGACGCCUGAAUGCUGGGCACCGAACGUAGGCACGGUUGAAACUCUUCAGCGGCUCAGACAGUCGGGUCGCAAACUUGGCGUCAUCUCGAACACUGACGAGCGACUGGACAGCAUUCUGACCGGUCUUCGAUUGCGGCAAUACUUUGAUUUUGUUAUUGCAUCGGCUGUGGUUAAAGUCCAAAAGCCCUCUAAGGACAUUUUCUCACUGGCUCUAAUUUGUGCAAGCAGCGAUGAGCGCUUAAAACCUGUUGACGCGCUGCACGUAGGUGAUAAUGUCGAGCUUGACUACCUGGCUGCAAAAAGUGCUGGGUGGAAUGCCCUAUUGCUUGCCAACGAUGAAUGGCAUAGACACCGAGCACUGUCAAAGGGCCGUGUAGAUCCUGGUGACGUUAUCCAACAGCUGGCAGAUAUCUUCAAAGUGGUCGAUUCACAGGAGUCGCGCUGUGCCCCGUAAGCCACUUUUUUUCGACUCGGAAACAUUCGUGCACAGCACAAUACAUGCUACCCUGUAGUCUGACGUGGACGGCUAGAGACACCUAUCAGUGCGAGACAGUGUACAACGCUUUGCGAACAGAGAUCUGGUUUUGUAAUGUGUGUGCGUGAUCUAGGUAUCACAUUGUGUUGACCUGCACGUUUAAAAUCCACAGAUACUAGUUUCCUUUGUGCUGGUUUUCUGCGUAUGCUGGCAUACACUGAAAAUAGAUUGAGAAAUGUACUAUGUCUCUGAAAUAUAUUUUU